AUGCAAAUCAGCACUUCAUGCGGAGGCUUCGAUGCAAGAGCAGCUUCGCAUAGGUCCAAGAGGAUGGGUUCAAGUGAGCUUGCAUCUUGUCACUCUGAUAGACGUCACGCUGAGAGAGUUGUGGAUUGGUCUGGGUCAGAUAGUCCAAAGUCGGUCGGUGUAAGUGGUAGGAGGUUGGAGUUGAUACCAAGUGUGUCCGGGCCACGGGCGGGGGUUGAGCAAGCUGCCCUCUGGAGCCAAUCACCAUUGACCUACGUCAUCAUCAUGUCCAUCUCGAAGCACAACUCAACCCUGAAGAUGGCAGUCGAAAAGAGCAGGGUCGAGCCAUUCCCAUGGCAUCUCGGUGUCUACGAUGCCCACUGCCAUCCCACAGACACAAUGUCAAGCAUGGACAAGCUCGUAAACAUGAAAGCACGGGUCCUCACCGUAAUGGCCACACGAGCUGAAGAUCAACAUCUCGUCCUCGCCACGGCAGAAAAACACGGCAUCCGGUCUAGCGAGCCCAGCAAAUGGACAAGACAAGAACGCAUCCUCCCAUGUUUUGGUUGGCAUCCAUGGUUCGCCCACCAAAUGUACAUUUCAGACGACGACGACGACGACAACAACGACAACGACGACAACAACGACAACAACGACAACAACGACAACAACAACAACAACAAUAAUGACAACACCAACGACCAGGAAGCCCCCAAAUCUCUCACAGGCGAAGCCAAAAUCUCCCACUACCACUCCAUCCUCCAACCCUCCCACCCCACUCCCACCGAAGCAGACCGCGCCAUCUUCCUCUCCCUCCCAGACCCAACCCCCUUCUCCACCUUCCUCGCCCGAACCCGCGCCCACCUACAACGCCACCCCACCGCCCUCAUCGGCGAAAUCGGCCUUGACCGCUCCUUCCGGAUCCCCGAGCCCUGGGCCCUCGUCCCCUCAUCAUGGGAGACCCGGGACAACAGGCUGACGGUGGGCGGGCGCGAGGGCCGCCGCCUCACGCCGUUUCGCUGCUCGCUGCAGCACCAGAAGAGGGUUUUCAGACUGCAGCUGCAGCUUGCGGGGGAGAUGGGGCGGGCGGUGAGUGUGCAUGGGGUGCAGGCGCAUGGGGUGUUGUUGGAGUGUUUACAGGAGGGGUGGAGGGGAUGGGAAAAGAAGGUCGUGAGUAAACGGGAGAGAAAGGAUAGGGAGAGAAAGAAUAGGGAAAUGUGUCAAACCAGGGAUGUAUCUACAUCCAACCAUCCCCGCCCACAUCUUCGUCUCCUUUAG